AUGGCAUCCUUUUUCCGCUGGUACAAUGGAAGGCUCGCAGCCCGUCCGUUUCUCACGCAGGGCGUGACGACCGCCGUCCUGUUUGCGACUGGCGACAUCACCGCCCAGCAGCUCGUCGAGAAAAGGGGCAUCAAGGGCCACGACACCUCGCGAACCAGCCGCAUGGCGCUCUAUGGUGGAUGCGUCUUUGGCCCUGUUGCUACGACCUGGCUGGGCUUCCUGGCCCGUCGCGUCCGCCUCAGGAAUGCCCGGGUCGAGACCCUGGCGCGCGUGGCGGCUGACCAGCUGCUGUUUGCUCCCGUCAUGAUCGGAGUCUUCCUCAGCAGCAUGGCCACCAUGGAGGGCAAGAGCCCCAAGGAGCGCCUUGACCAGACCUGGUGGCCUGCGCUCAAGGCCAACUGGGUGCUGUGGCCGGCCGUCCAGUUCGUCAACUUCACCUUCUUGCCUCUGCAGUACCGUCUGCUCUUUGCCAAUGUCAUCUCCAUUGGCUGGAACAGCUACCUGAGCUGGGUCAACAGCAAGGGCGGCAACAAGGACCACGAGUUGAUCGUCGCCGCGCCGGCCACCUAA